GUAUAUAAAGUCAUAGUAAGGUCUGCAGGCCAGAGACCGUAGCGAUUCUGAGGUUUGGAAAGAAGGUAGAGUCCCAAGUCCCCCACUGUUCCUCUUGUUUCGCCGUUCACAUUUGCUUGGACUUCGGUCUCGUUUUUUGCCUUUUCGAAGAUUGAACAGUGGUGUGCAGAACUCGGUACCAUCGAAUCUCUAUCAUCUCCCAAUAAUAUGGCGCGGACGAGGUCGAUACUUGCACUGGCAGCCUGCCUACCCUCCGCAUUUGCGCUCCCACACAAUACACCCAUAGACCUCAGAAGCCCUGCACCACAGAGAAGAGCAGAUUUGCCGUCCGCUGAAGAACGCACGCAAGCCGUCGUUGAUGUAUUCCGAAGGUCCUGGGAAGGAUACACCGAGUACGCGUUUCCUAAUGAUGAGUUGAAGCCGGUCACCAACGGUUUCAGUAACUCGAGGAAUAAAUGGGGUGCCUCUGCCGUGGACGCUCUCAGCACAGCCCUGGUGAUGGGCCAAAAAGACAUAGUCAACGAAAUCAUCGAGUACAUCCCCACAAUUGACUACUUCGAGACGCCAACCGAGGUUUCCUUAUUCGAGACCACGAUUCGAUACCUGGGAGGCAUGCUUUCCGGAUACGACUUCCUGAACGGUCCACUUGCUGAUCUUGCUGAUAACAAGACCAAUGUUGAACAGCUGCUCAAACAAUCCGAGAACCUGGCUAACGCAAUGUCUUUCGCAUUCGACACUCCAUCCGGAGUGCCGUACAAUGGACUCAACUUCGAGGACCGCACGACGGAUGGAGGCCCGAAUGGACUCGCGACGACGGGUACGCUCGUGUUGGAAUGGGUUCGUUUGAGUGAUUUGAGCGGGAACAAAACAUACGCAGCGCUCACGGAGAAGGCAGAGUCAUAUCUGCUUUCACCAAAGCCUGCCACUUCGGAACCCUGGCCUGGCCUGGUCGGUACCAACAUCGAUCCGGAAACUGGGGAGUUUCUCGAUGCCUCCGGAGGCUGGGUCGGCGGCACCGAUUCUUUCUACGAGUAUCUUAUCAAGAUGUACGUGUACGAUCCGGAGCGAUAUGCGGAGUAUAAAGACCGCUGGGUGCUGGCUGCCGACUCCACCAUCGAGCAUCUCACAUCGCACCCAGCGUCUCGGCCAGACCUCACAUUCGUGGCAAUGUACAAUGGCAAAAACCUUCGUCUUAUCUCCCAGCAUUUAGCGUGUUUCGAUGGCGGGAAUUUCAUCCUUGGUGGAACCGUGCUAGGCGAGCAGAGAUACAUAGACUAUGGGUUAGAGCUCGUAGAAGGCUGCCACGAGACGUACACAGCAACUGCCACGGGAAUUGGACCAGAAACUUUCGCGUGGGAUGAGAAGAAUGUGCCGAGCGACCAGUCUACCUUCUACAACGAGAGCGGAUUCUACAUUACCGACGCUGGCUACCAGCUACGCCCCGAAGUCAUAGAGUCGUGGUACUACGCAUACCGGGUGACUGGGGACCCCAAAUACCAGGAAUGGGCGUGGGACGCAUUCAAUGACAUAAUCGACACGACGGAGGUGGGUUCAGGAUACUCGUCUAUUCGGGACGUGAAUGCGGAAGACGGUGGAGGUUUUACGGAUUUCCAGGAAUCAUUCUGGUUCGCCGAGGUGCUGAAGUACAGUUAUCUGAUCCAUGCCCCCGAGGCAGAAUGGCAGGUUGGGAAAGACGGGAAGAAUGCGUGGGUGUUCAACACCGAAGCACAUCCGUUCCAGGUUUUCGAUGGAAGUAAGUAG